AUGGGUCUCCCUCAACAAACAAACACCCCUAUCGAGAAGCCCUCGACCUCCGAGACAGCCGAGAACAACAUGGACUCCAUUCCUGCCGCCAACGUCAGCACACAAAACAGCUCGAUCGGCGCCACGAAUAGCUCAGAACUGGCUGGAGGUGCCAUUGGCGGUACCUCAGGAGAUGCCGAGAGGGCAGCUGAGAAGCUCUACGAGGAGAGAAUGGAGGAGGAGUACGCCAAGCGCGAGGGAGGUGCUUAA